AUGCAGAGUAAAACAUUUAUAACAUUGACGUUUCUGGUUUUAACCAUUAUUUCAUCGGUGCAUGCUUGGGUUACCGUAGGUUUAUCCUAUACAAUAUGCGAAAUCACUUUUACCGAUGAUGUAAUCCACAUCAACGAGCACGACGCUCAUUUCUAUACCAAUUCUACAAAGGUCAAGAAAAUAGAAUCCCGUAAUCAAAACUCAGAUGGGUUUUUACUCAAUGUCACUAUGUACGGUUGUCAACCAAAUUGUGGUUGGUCAUUUGACCUAAAA